GAUUACAUCGUUUGAUUCGAGUGUUUGGGGUCUCCGUGAAUUUUUUUUUUCGCACUUGCGGGGGAUCUGAUUAGAGGAAACUGGAGAAUGUCGCCUGGUGCGGUCGAUCCGAGGAUAAUUGUGGAUAAAUAUCAGGAUGAUGAGGAGGGUGUUGAGGAUGUGGUGAAGAAAAAGGAGAGGCGAUGGUUUGAAUUCGAGACAGAGCUCAUUUGGACCAACAUCGUUGGGAUUGUUGGCUUCCACCUACUGUCACUGUACUUUAUGAUUACUUUUGAAUAUAGGAAGGAAAUUGUUCUAGUCCUCUGGACAUUUGUCAUGUGUCAAUUAAGUGGAUUUGGAGUGACCGGUGGUGCCCACAGACUCUGGACCCAUCGAGGUUACAAAGCUAAAUUACCACUUAGAAUUAUUCUAGCUAUUCUCUACGCAUCUGCGGGAAUGAAUCCAAUCUACGAUUGGGUGAGGGAUCACCGAGUGCACCACAAGUACACGGAGACAGAUGCGGAUCCCCAUAAUUCUAAAAGAGGCUUUUGGUUCUCUCACGUGGGGUGGCUGAUGAUGAAGAAGCAUCCCGAGGUCCAUCGACGGGGACGGAGUCUAGAUAUGAGUGAUGUGGAGGCUGAUCCUGUAGUCAUGUUCGUCGAUCGGCAUUUCACUCUCUUCAAGAUAAUCUUCUGCUUCAUAGUACCAAUUCUCAUCCCUGUUUACUUAUUUAAUCAAAAUUGGAAAGCAACCAUCAUCUCAGAGCUCUUCAUCAGGUAUCCCAUUGUCCUCAACGGGACAUGGUCAGUCAACAGUUUUGCGCACAUAUGGGGCUAUCGCACUUAUGACAAAUCGAUAAAACCCACCGAAAACUUCAUGGUGGCCAUAGUGAGCGUCGGUGAAGGCUGGCACAACUAUCACCACGUCUUCCCAUGGGACUACAAAGCCGCUGAAUUUGGAAAUCUAAUGCUGAAUCCCACAACCGCCUGGCUCGAUUUAUUCGCUAAAAUCGGAUGGGCGUACGACUUGAGGGAAGCAUCGCCUGAUCUCGUACGGAAAAUUACAGAGCGCCGAGGAGACGGCUCGCAUCAUCUCUACAGUCAGCACAUAGCAGCCAACAACAGCGCAAAAUCCGAAUAAAGAUAGACAAUUUUAUUCUCAACGACAGAGACUCAUCAAUGAAAAAAAAAUCAGUUCCAUGUGAUUCUUUAGUUUAAGUCCAUCAACUUGCCCAUCGUUCUGUUAUCACAAAUCAUUUUG